GUUCAUUUGCUUUUUGACAGGUGAAUGGUGUGUUUGGAAUUAUUGAGUGUACAUCAAAACAGAGAAGAUUACCUGUAUGAAGUAGAAAGCAGGACCUGGUCUUGUGACCUAAAGGUCACAGGUUCGAUUUCCAGCUCCCGUGUGACCGUUCAGCCAUGCUCCCUGGAUAUGGAUUCUCCCCUUUCCCUGACUUCCAGCCUCACCUGCACGCCUUUCUCUGCCGCGGAAACAGCCCCGACAUGUGGAUCCCGGGCUCACCCGAGUCCCAGGCUCUGACGGAGGCCCGCAAGGACAGGCCGUACCUGCGGCCCCGCCACCACGUGGCCGUGUGCCAGGAGGAGUCGCUGGCCUUCUUCGACCUGCCCGACCCCGGCUUCGGCGGCCUGGGCUUCCCCCCGCCGGUCCGGCGACCUCUGACCCCUCUGCCGGUCCGACGACCGUUGACCCCUCCGCCCGAGUCCGGGCCGGUGGGCUGGGCGGACCGCGGGGUCGCGAGGGCGGACGAGGGCGCGGGCCGCGGGCCGCGUGGCGGCGGCGCUGCUAGCGAGGACGCACGAGACGGUGAGGAAUCCGGAAACGCCCCCGCCGCCGUCUCUCUCUUCCUCCCUCCUCCCGCGUCCCUCCUCCUCUCCCUCCCGCUCUCCCCCCGUCUGUCCGGCGACAGGGAGUCCUUCCGCUCCCGGCGGUCCCGUUCGUCCACCUCCUCUUCCUCCCUGGGCUCAGAGGCGCAGAGCGCGGACGCGUGUCCCCUGCAGAGGCGAACCUCACAGGCCUACCUCAAGGAGAAGACCAUCCGGCGCAAGAUGAGGGUGUAUUCUCCUGAGAGUCUGAGCGACGAGUCUCUCAGCAGCCCCGGUAUGGACAAUGAGUUCCUCUUCCCAGGGCCGUGUGAAACCUUUUCAGAGGAGGAGGAGGAGGAGGAAGAGGAUGAAGAGGAGUUGGUCUCCCCGGAACUGUAUACUGCCCUAUGCACACCUCCUCCAGCAGGGGGUGCCAGAGAGCCUCGAGCAGAACUGUACUCGAAAGCGCCUGUGCUGGCUUGUGGGGCCGUUGCGGACAGAAAGAGGGGAGACGAGGCGGAGGGGGCAGAGGGGGCAGAGGGUGCAGAGGGGGCAGAGGGGGGCGAGGGUGCCGGAACGUCGGAGAGCCCGGUGCCCCCGGCCUCCCAGCCCCGCGCGGCGGACCAGGAGCGGCGGCGGUUCUCCGCCUCGGAGCUGAUCUCGCGGCUGCAGCUGUCCCAGCGGAAGAGCUCCUUCGCCCUGAGGCUGGGCAAGUCGCUGUCCGCCCGCGUGGCGUCGCGCGACCGCCAGGCUCCGCGCAGCCUCAGCCCCGAGCCAAAGCCCAGCCACAGACAUCGUAGGUCAGUGGCGUCCACUGAUGUUGGCUCCCAGAGUCCUGUGGGAACUGGCCCAUCGCUGCCCUCUGUUGACAGCAACAUGUCAUUACAUCGGCGGUGCCCCAGACUAAGUGUCAGAAAGGACUCCAUAGAGGAGGAUGUGUGUGCCACGCCCAGUCUCACCUGCAGCAGUCGCUUGUCCCGGUUCCUCCCCACCUCGAUGCUGUACCAGGAGUACAGCGAUGUGGCCAUCAACAGAGAAAUCCUGCGACAGCAAGGGGCGGAGCCUAACGCGGAGGAGGCGGGGCAAGGGGAGGCCACGCCCCCCGGCAGCCUGUCUCCGACCAGCUCGUUCCGCUCGUCGCAGGGCUCCAUCUUCUCCCUGUGGCAGGACAUCCCGGACGUGCGCACCAGCGGGCAGCUGCACUCCUUCAGCGACGAGGAGCGCAAGCUGCAGGAGGCCAAGUUUGAGCUGGUGACGUCGGAGGCUUCGUACGUGCGGAGCCUGGCCAUCGUGCUGGAGCACUUCAUGCUCUCCCAGGAGCUCAGCGACUGCAUGGGGGCGCAGGAGAGGCAGUGGCUCUUCUCCAAGCUGCCCGAUGUGAAGGACGUGAGCGAGCGCUUCCUGCAGGACCUGGAGCACCGUCUGGAGGAGGACAUUCUCCGCUUUGACGUGUGCGACAUCGUGCUGGCGCACUGCCCCGCCCUCAGCAGGGUCUACCUGCCCUACGUGACCAACCAGGCCUACCAGGAGCAGACCUACCAGCGCCUGCAGCAGGAGAACCCCCGUUUCCGCGGGAUACUGGCGCGCCUGGAGGAGGACCCCAUCUGUCAGCGCCUCCCGCUCGCCUCCUUCCUGAUCCUCCCUUUCCAGAGGAUCACGCGCCUCAAGAUGCUGGUGGAGAACAUCCUGAAGAGGACAGCACCAGGCUCACGGGAUGAAGACACGGCCACCAUGGCAUUUAAUGAGCUGAAAAAGCUCAUAAAGGAAUGUAACUCCAGUGUUCAGUCGAUGAAGAGGAUGGAGGAGCUCAUUCAUCUCAAUAAGAAAAUCCACUUUGAGGGCAAGAUUUUCCCUCUCAUAUCCCAGUCUCGGUGGCUGGUGAAGCACGGAGAACUGCUGGAGGUUGACACUCAGACUAUGAGCAUUUCCGGGUCAAAAUUCAAGCUGCCCACCCGGCCGGUGUACUUGCACCUGUUCAACGACUGCCUUCUUCUGUCAAGGAGGAAGGACGUGUGGCGAUUCGCGGUGUUCGUGCACGCCAAGAUCGGCGAGCUGAAGGUGAAGGACCUGAGCCAGAAGCUGCAGGGCGUCUCGGGCUUCAUCUUCCACCUGCAGCUGUGCGAGGGGGCGCUGCUCAAGCACCAGAUCCUGCUCAAGGCCCACACGGAGAGCGAGAAGCAGAGGUGGAUCGCGGCCAUGUUUCCCGCGGAGAAGGACGGCGGCAAGCGGAUCAGCGUAGACGAGGACAUCUCCCAGGUUUUGUGUAUUAAGUGCUACCAGGCGCAGGAGCACGACGAGCUAACGCUGGAGAAGGCCGAUAUCCUUCAAGUCAAGACCAUCACAAGCGACGGGUGGGUGGAAGGGGCGCGGCUGUCGGACGGGGAGCAGGGCUGGUUCCCCAGGGCCCACGUGGAGGAGAUCGCGAGCCGCGGAGCGCGCCUGCGCAACCUGCGCGAGAACGACCGCGUCAAGUGCGCCACGCGGAAGCUGGCGGAGGAGCGGCCGUAGCCGCCCUGCAGGGGGCGCUGUCCCGCCUGUCUGCGCUCGCACACGUGUGUCGGGAGGACGCCUGUGACACAUUAACGCACCAUGACAUUCCCGAGCCGUGCUCUCUGUCCAGGAAACGCACCUGCACGUGGGGGGACCCUGUAAAUAUCCUGUACUUUUUGGGGGGGAGCACGCUGAACGGGCCUGACUCUCCAGCACUGGUGAUGAUGGGCGUCGGUUUGGAGACCUGGGCCCUGAUGCCACCUUUCCGCACUCAUACAGUCAGAUAAGCUUGUUUCCGUGUCCCAAGGUUCAGACUUGGCCGACUGGCAAUUCUGGUAGAGGCCAGAGGGGCCACUUUUGGGCCUCGAUCGCAAUCUCCCGUUUCCCCCCCACGAUCUGCACUGGGCCAGGCAAGGCCAAAACCGAAUUUUGCUCCCGGCCUGGCCCGGCCCGGCCCUGCCCGUUACCCUUGAACAAUCGGGUCAGUCUCUGGGGGAGGAGUUAAUCCAUGUGGGGUUCACGUGCAUUUUGGGGAGGAGCGUCAACAUUCCUCACUUUCAGUCGACCCCCGAUUCAGCACAUUAAUAUUUCUGACUUAGUCCUGAGAGCACAUUAAAUAUUUUGUUUAAUCUAAAUAUUACAUUUUGGUAGAUUUUAAGUACAUUAAUUUAAUUUUUUAUUUCUAUUUUUACUUUUUUGUUGUUGCAGAAAUGGUGUGCUAGUUUGCAUUCUCCUUAAUCUUCUUCCUUUAUGGAGGCUGCAAUAAUGGUUUAAGGGGGAAUAAAUAAUUGCAGGAUUGAUACAUCAUGGAGUGGAUUAUCUUUCAGCCUGUAAUUUAUAUCCCCGUUAUUUAUUAAUGCUACAGUCAUAUAUGAAUAAAUUACAGCCAUUCGUCUAAAAAAAACCUGUUUGUUGGAAAGCACUACAAAGAGAUUAUUAAUAUGACCAGUAUGUUUUAAACUGUUUUAAACAAGUGUGGGUAGACAGAUUCUCAACAGAUAUGUCAUAAUUUUAAAUAAAUACAGAUGAUGUUAUUUGA